CCCUCUCCCCACUCUAUGGCUUUUGAAUGUCCGAUUGAACUCUAAUUUCGACGCUGGGAGGGAUUCCAGCAGUCUGGGACUUCAAUAGUGCAAUUGUGUUGCUGCUAACUCUGCUCUGCCGGCCUCGCCCAUCAUGUCCGCGCCGUCUUCCCCCCCGACGUCCGCGGAGUUGCACCACCGCAAUCUCCAGGACGUAGGGGCUGCCGAGGGACGUUCGGGUGGCGUCAUAUCUGAGCAGAAUCCUGAAAACCUGGAACCAAUUGCGCUAUCACGGACCUCUUCGACAGCGCCGUCGAGCCAUAUCGAGCCCGAUGUUUGGACCGACGACGACGAAGCAUACGCCGAAUCGUCAAACACGAGCUAUUUAUCCUCUAUCGCAUCCGAUGUCAGGCGGGGCAUCACCGAGAAUGGACGCACGUAUGGCGUCUACGGCAUUCACAAGUCCUGGAUUCCAAGCGAUGACCUGGAAAUGGAGAGAAAUGAUCUCCAGCACUGCAAGUUCACCAUGCUCAUGAACGACGAGCUUUAUUUAGCACCCAUGCCGGACUUUCCGCAGAAGAUCCUGGAUCUUGGAACCGGCUCGGGCAUUUGGGCCAUGGACAUUGCGGACCAGUACCCAUCGGCGAAGGUCAUUGGAGUCGACAAAGCUCCGGUGCAGCCAACGAUGAUCCCUAACAACCUGACGUUUGAGCUCGACGACAUUGAGGACGACUGGCUCUGGGGAGAAUCCAGCUUCGACUUUAUCCACGGCCGCGAGCUCAUCAUGGCCAUCCAAGACUGGCCGCGCCUGAUCCGCCAAGCGCACGACCACCUCAAGCCCGGCGCGUACCUACAACUUGGGGGAUCGAUCCCAGACUUCCGGUCCGACGACGACACGCUGCCGCAAGACUCGGCGUACAUGGAAAUGGGCCGCAUAUACUUGGAAAUGUCGGAGCGCGUCAGCCUAUCGGGCUGGGAGCCGACGAAGUGGAAGCGCUACUUGGAAGAGGCGGGCUUCGAGGAUGUGGAGGAGCGUAUACUGAAGAUUCCCACCAACCCCUGGCCUCGCGAUCCCUACUUGAAGAAGAUUGGCGCCUUCGAGUUGCAUCAUUUCCGCGAGAGCAUCGCCAACGUCUUUGCGCGUGGCUACGAGCAGAUAUUGGGCGGUGACCCGACGUACUUCCAGGUCUUGCUGGCCAAGGCUCGACGGGAAGUAUCCAACCCCAACAUGCACAGCUGGGUGCCUUUCUACGUCGUUUAUGGACGGAGACCUAGAAGUUCGUCAACGUCGAUGCCGACCCAGAAUGAAAAGUCCCCGUCGCCUCCCCAGGCUUAGCGCCAUAUCUCGAUUGACGCGGGGACGAGGCGUUUUGGCGUGUCAAAUUUGGGACACUUGGAUGAAGGAGAAAGAAGACACGUGAGUACAUUUGGCUGGAAGCGAGUCAUGUCCAUUAGAGAGUGGAGAUGUAGAAUAUGUUCAAUGAUUGCCUUUGUUGUUAAUCUGCUUUGUCCACACACGAGAGUCUUAGCUCGUUUAAUUAUCAGACGUACCGCGAUUGAGGCCGUCCUAGUGACAUAGAGCGAACAAAUAUAUCUAAUCAAAACGGGUUUAU